CAAUGUCAAUUUGCAAGUCAAGGCUGCAGCAGCUUGUGAAUGAAGUAAAGAGUUCCUCAGAAUCAACAAAAUCAUUGGCAAUUUCUGAAUUAGAUGAGGGUGUCCAGCAGUCAUCCAAUGGCUUGCAGAAUGAUAAAGCUGUUACAGAUAAAGAAUCAGAGAUUGAAACACUAAAUGGCCUAUCUGGAGAGCUGGAAAAGAAGCUUGAAGAUCUUCAACAGCUGGCCCUGAACCCAAAAUUUAUUCUUUCUGAAAUCCUGGGAAUGGCAUCUGCCAAGGCAAGAGGCGGUGAGAAAAAUGCAGCUCCAGCUAUUGUGAAUUCUUCACAGAUGGCGGCUGCUAACAGCAGUGGAGGUUUUGACUCUCCAACUGUUCCCACUGCUCACACAAAUAGGGCUGCGGUCACUUAUCUUGGUGUUGUGGGAAGAGGAGUCAAACGAGUGUUGAUGGGUACAGGCUCAGCCGAAUCAAGCCCAAUGAAGAAAGCCACAUUGGACCCCUCAUCAGCAGACAAAGAAGAUGGCAACAACCAUUAG